UUGACAGAAGGACCACAUUUAACUUGGGGACGUGCACGCGUGCAAACACUGGAUUUAAAGAAGCAGAAAUGUACCAAAAUAUUGUUUUUAAUCUAAUUUAAACUACAACACCGAAUAAGACGAGUGGACGGAAAGUAUUAGCGAUUGUUUGGUGGAAGUCAUCAUGAAGAAGAAACUUCGGCACAGCAAUGAAGCAUCUCCUAGACAAGCUUCCGCUGACUACGAGGUGGGUCAAGUGUCAGGAAGUUUAUUCCAGAAAGAGUCUGCGGCUUCCGGAUCACUUUCAGCUUUGUUCAGCAGCGCUGCACCAACCGCAUCUGUCCUCUUCAAGCCUGCACCCCAGCUGACUCCCAAGAACAUCCAGCAACUGGAAGCUGAGGAGGACCAAGGUGAAACCCACCCUAAAGAGAAGAAGCCCCCUAAAAAGAAAUCCGCAGCAGAGCAGAAACUGGAGAACAGGGAGAGCAGCCUCCAGAAAGCUGAUGAAACCGAGCAAGAACCAAAGAAGAAGAAGAGGAAAGCGACGGAGGCGGGUGCUGUGAAAGACGCCGAGCACUGGGUCUUGAAGAGGCAGAAGCUGCGAGCUCACAAGCAGGAAGAGGCGGCCAAGGCUAACAGGACCGUCUUUGUGGGCAACCUGCCAGUCAACUGCACCAAGAAGACGCUGCGGAGCCUCUUCAGGGACAAUGGGUCCAUCGAGUCCAUACGCUUCCGCUCUAUAGUCCGAGAGGACCCGUCCAUGUCCCGCAAAGUCGCCUCCAUCAAGCGCCAAGCUCACCCCCUGAAGCAGAGCAUCAACGCAUACGUGGUGUUUAAGGACAGCGAUGGUGUCUCCAAGGCGCUGGAAAGGAACGGCGUAGAGAUCGAGAAAGAUUUUUUCAUCCGUGUGGACAGAGCAACCGUCGGGUCCUCACACAACCACAAACACUCCAUCUUUGUCGGUAACCUCCCCUUUGAUGUGAAGGACCUGGCGUUGCGGCGACACUUUGACGAGUGCGGCGGCGUGGAGGCGGUCCGACUGGUGCGAGAUCACAACUCUGGGCUGGGCAAAGGAUUUGGUUACAUUCUGUUUGAGAGUUCUGAUUCGGUCCAACUGGCGCUGAAGCUAGACGGCUCCAAGCUGGAGGGGCGGUCCAUCAGGGUGAAACGGUCGGUGAAAAUGGAGAAGAGCAACGCCGGAGGACCGCCGGGAAAGAUGGCGGCCAGAAGAAAAUUCCCGGGGAAGAAAAGUGUGCCGAAUCACAACUUCAAAGGCGAGCUGACUGAUCCGAAGAAGAAACCGAAAAAGAAAACAGCCAAGAGUAAACGAAAGCCAAAAAAGACUGUUCACAUAUGACAGGAAAUGGUCCGAGAAAAUAAAAGCCUUGGAUUAAAAAUUGACACGUUUGUCACAUGUUAACAUUUUUAAUUAUUGGUUAUGUCAUAUGGGAUAGAAAUGUCAUCCAAUGACAUAAUGGAUACCAUAGUAACUGUCAAUAUCGUGAUAUAUAUAUAGCACAUCAUGACUGGUUAUAAAAAUAUAAACUUUAAAAAAACAGAACACUCAAGAAAAAAAAUUGGAAAAUUUAAAAUGAUUAAUUACCAAGUCCAAAUAUGAUGGGAAUAAAGUUAUUUUAAUUUAAUUAAAUAAUUAUUAAAAUUGUACGAGAAGAAAGUUGAAAUAGUUGGAACAUUUGUAAAAAUAAACAUUUUUAAACAUUUAAUGAGAAUAAAAUCAAAAUAUUUGUUAAAAAAAGUUAUUAAAAAAUACAAUAAAGUUAAAAAAUUAAGGUAUUUUUAUUUUCUAUCUAAUAUCACAUAUGACAGGAAAUGGGCCGAGAAAAUAAAAGCCUUGGAUUAAAAAUUGACACGUUUGUCACAUGUUAACAUUUUUAAUUAUUUGUGAUGUCAUAUUUGCUUUUUCUGACAGUACAAUUAUUAAGUCAUGCUGGAUGUUAGAUUGAGGAUGGGAAGAAAAAUAUAACUUUUACUUGUGGAUUAUGGAAACAAACUUAAAGAUGUGUUGAGCUAACACUGUAUGAGUGUACAACUAAAUAAAAGACCAAAAGACAA